AUGUCAGAUGAUGAUUCUUUGAUGGAGUACAGUGAAAUUGUUAUGAAGAUGUUUGGCAGUGAGGACGACGGAUUUGAGUUUUAUAACAACUACGCUUAUGAGAAAGGAUUUAGUGUGAGAAAGGAAUACUGCGAGUGGGACAACGGCCACAAUGAGAGGACCCUUCGGAAGUUUGUUUGCAGCUGUGAAGGUUUCCGCGCAGAGAAGGAGGAUUUCAUCGACGAGCACAACCAUCCGAUGACGGAACCAGACCUUGCUUGCUUUCUGCGUUCACAUAGAAGAAUCAACGAUGAUCAGAAAGCAGAGAUUGUGCAGCUGCAGAUUUCUGGGAUCCACAAACACCAGAUAAUGGAUAUUAUGGUUAGGCGGUAUGGUGGGUAUGAUAAGGUUGGAUUUACAUCAAGGGACCUUUACAAUUUCUACCAUCGCAACAAGGCGGAGACACUUUCCGGUGGUGAUGCUCGAACAAUCAUCAGUUACAUGACGGAAUCGAAACGUAGAGAUCCUGAUUUCUUUUUCCAGUACAAGACUGAUGGGAGAGGGCACCUGACGGGACUGCUCUGGUGUGACUUUCAAAGUCAGAUGGAUUAUAGAGCGUUUGGUGAUGUCGUCGUGUUUGAUGGCACGUACAAAACGAAUCGAUACAACCUGACCCUUGUUCCUUUUGUUGGGGUGAAUCACCAUAAAAGCACGGUUCUUUUUGCCUGUGGAAUUCUUUCUCACGAGGAUACUGAGUCGUAUGUGUGGCUGAUUAGGUCAUUCUGUGAUGCCAUGAUUCAGAAGCAUCCGAUUUCUGUGAUCACCGAUGGAGACCAUGCUAUGCAGAAAGCAAUCAGUAUUUUCGGUGCCUUUGGAGUUGUGGGUCUUGUUGUUGGUGGUAUAAUUGCUGCGGCUUCUUCGUCAUCCAGGAGGAGAUGA